CAUGAAAAGGUGCUUUUGAAUCUGAGCAGUCAAGAGUGGAAGUGAAUUAGUUUUGAUCCAAAGAAUUUGUCAAGACAAAAGCCAAGGCAAGGCCAAGGAAAAUCCUAUUGCCUUGAGCUAUCUGACCAGUUGAUUCAAGACAGCAACAAACAAAGGCUGUUUGUCAUGGCAACCAACCCUCGGGAUGAUGGCUUGAUGGAUGUGCUGAACAUAUCUUUAGACAAAUCAGUUCCAGUUGACUCCUCCUCGGUUAUGAUCAUCCAAUCAAAGCAGAGGUCUGAAGUCUUCGUGUACGGGUUCAGUGAUAUUAUCUUAGCAGCCAAGGUCGGUCAAGCGAAAUUCAUGGGUCAAAUGGUGCUGGCAGAGGAUAUGCAAGAAACAAUUGAUUUUCUUAAGAUGGUCAAUUCUGAUGGAACUCAAUUGACACCAAGUAUAGGAAAUCUGGCCAAGCCUAUGGUGGUCCAUGGAGUCACUCAGGUAACCACGGAGACAUCAGUUGGUGACGAGCCUGCCAGGGCGCAUGGAGCCGAUCAGAAUAAAAUGCCAAUACCACCGCUACCUGAUGAAAGACCAUUGGAGUUAUUUCAGAAUCAGGAUAUCAGUUAUACCAAAGAUUCAGACCUAUCUCUGGUAAAGAUUGAACCCCACGAUGCAGAGGUUGAUGACAGUGAUGAUGAUAACGCUCUGUUUGCACCAUUCCUUGCUCAGAAUAAUCUUGAACAAAGUCUGCCUCUGCUUCCCAAGUCGCCUAUAAAGGAAGAGGCUGUCGCCAUGGAAACUGGUCCUGUGAGUACUGCGAUGAUGUCGGAAGAUGAUGAUGUCACGCUGACUGGUGCUAUGGGAUCUAGUGAAUCGAAAGAGACCAUGGUAACAAGUGAUGUGCUCCAAACAAGAGAGAAGCAGCUUGGCUUCAUAUGUCGUACCUGUGGUGAAAAAUUUAUCAGUCGAACAUCUUUAGAUACGCACAAAUGUUCCAUAAAUAAAGGGACACCUCCAAUUGGAUGUCAGCGUUGUCACCUGUCCAAAGCAAUUGAUCCAAAAACUGGCACUGAAAAACUGAUGCUAAAGCUGUGUGAUACAUGUAAAGAAACUUUAAAACCCAAAAUAUUGCCCUCGAGCAAAAACAUGCAGGACCUGAUGAAAGCAACGUUUAAACCCCAAAAAUUGCCCUCAAGUGAAAACUUGCAGGAACUGUUAAAAGGAACAUCAAAUUCCAAAAUAUUGCCAACGUGUAAAAAGACGCAGGAACUUGUAAAAGGAACAUUGAGACCUCAAAUAUUUCCCUUGAGUAAAGGCGUGCAGGAACUUGUAAAAGCGAGGGGACUACCAUGCACACCAACAGAAACUGCCCCAGUCAUCACAACUGGUGCGAAGACCAUCAAAACAGUCGUAAAUAUUGCAAGAGGAGGUAGUUCAGAGGUUGGUGUUGUUAAAACUCCCCCGUCUUUGGAGUUUGGUGCAGGAAUGGCAAGUGCCAACAGAAUCAUUGUGGAGAGGGCAAGUGGUGGCAAUACUAGUAUUGGUGCAGCCAAAGUUUCAAUGGUUACAGAGACUAGUGCAGUCAAAGGUCCCAUCGUAACAAUGACUUGUGCAGUGAAAGCUACCAAAACUGGUCUGGGUAAGUCUACCACAGCUUCAAAGACUAGUGAAGGCAAGGCCGCCAGAGUUAAAAAAACUGGUGCAGGCAUGGCCCGGGAUGAUAAAAAAGGAACGGUCAAUGUUAGGUGUGAUGAGUGUGGAAAGGACUGCAAGAGUAAGAAGCGUUUAAGGACACAUAAAUUAAUACACCAGAAGAUGGUGCAGUUGUGUCAAUACUGUGGUAAAGGGUUUGUUUCUAAAGGGAAACGUCUCGAACAUGAACGUAUCCAUACGGGAGAAAAGCCAUUCAAAUGCACUGCCUGUAUAAAAGAGUUCAGGAACCGUGCCUCGUGGAGGAAGCAUAUUAGAAAUGAACAUACUCUCAUGGCUGACGGCACAGAACCGUCUUAUAGUUGUAAUCAGUGUCAUAAGUCGUACAAGAGAAAGGAUGUUUUAACGCAACACGUCCGGCAUGUCCAUUCCCCGUAUUCAGACAGACCGCACAAGUGUCAGCUUUGUCCUAAAGCGUUCUGGACAACAACUAAAAUCAGGAACCACAUGCGAAUGCAUACGGGUGAGAAAAAUUUCGUGUGUGAACAAUGCGAACAUCGGUAUGCUACUCCUCAGGGGUUAAAGGCCCAUAUGAAGACAGUUCAUGGAGUGUCAGUGGAAGUAGCACUACCACUAUUUCAGUGUGGCCAGUGUGAUAAACGUUACCAUGAGAAGAAGAAUCUUUUUGAGCAUAUGAAUGUCCACACAGGGGCAACACCGUACAAGUGCAGGGAGUGUGAUGAGGCGUUCGCGUCAGCAAGUGGCAGACGUUUCCAUGAGGAUAAACACCGGCCUGUCGACCCUAAAAGGCAGAGGAAAUCAUGUUUGCCAAGUUCACAGAGCCUGACGAAAGAGUGUGUAUGUGUGCAUUGUCAUAAAGUCCUCCCAUCCAGACAUGCGCUCAGCAAUCACAUGGUAAUACACAACGGAAAAGGAUACAUGUGUGCGCAUUGCAAUGAUGCAUUUGCUCAGCGUCGGUCCCUCAUGAAACACAUGAACUUAGUACAUAUUAAAACCUUCAAGUGUCGCCUCUGUUCAUUGAAGUUUACUUCAUUAUCAAGACGUGCAACACAUGAAAGAAAACAUCGGCCUAAUCGGAGUAAGCCCAAGGUUAGCUUUAAGUGCAGCCUUUGCUCAAAGAUAUUCCAUGAGCGCCAGGUUGGUCUCGACCAUAUGAAUUUGCAUACUGGUGCAAAACCAUACAAAUGUUCCCACGAGGACUGUGAAGCCGCCUUUGGAUCAGUGUCUGGCAGGCGUAAUCAUGAACGCCUACAUAACGCUACACUCCUCAAAUGUCUCAUCUGCAAAAAACAAUUCCGUGAACAGAGCUCUCUGAAAGACCAUAUGAACCUUCACACGGGGGCAACUCCUUACGAUUGUCGCCACUGUGAACAGACAUUUCCGACAAGGUCAGCACGUAGUCUCCAUGAACAUAAACACACAGAAGGUGCUGAUUACAAGUGCCAGUAUUGCUACAAAUCAUUUGCUGCAAAGCGUGGCCUUGAAGAGCACUUGAAUUUGCACACGGGAGUGACCCCGCAUGAGUGUCAGUAUUGUAAACAGACAUUCACCACCAAGUACAAGCUGCGCCACCAUUGGCGAACUUGCAAACUAAAUACAGAGAAAGUAGAGUUUAAAUGCAGUGUAUGCCAGAAGAGUUUUUAUUCGCAGCAGAUAUGUGACGAUCACAUGAAUACCCAUACUGGUGCGAAACCAUAUCAAUGUCGUGUUGAGAACUGUUCGCAGACAUUUCAUACGGCGUCCAGUCGCAAAAGUCAUGAGAGCCUUAAACAUAAGAAAGUGUGUGGAUAAUCUUUGGCACGAUACACUUCUCCAGUAAGGCAUCUGUAACUCAGGCUGUUACGAACAGUGUAUUAGAGGCAGUAUUUAUCUCCAUAUUAUAUACCGUCCUGCAGAUCUGCUAGUAGCCACACUGUCUAUUUAAUUUAUUCAUCAACCCCAUGCACCCGGUCCAUCUCAGUGCACCAAACAAUGGUUACUUCAGCAAGGUCUACUUUUAGCUCAGAUGACAAAAGUCAGCAGAGCUGGUACAAUACAUUGAUUUUUUUUUACGAAAGUAUUAAGGACACCCUCAGGACUCAGAGACGCUUUUAUUAAAAUAUUAACUUGGGGUAUAAAUGAUAGGGCAUAACACAAUAGGGCAUAACAUAAGAUACACAAGUGUGAAAACCACAUUAAAAUCAAACUACUCAUCUUAAAGUCAUAGCAGUAUGUAAUUCGAACAUUCCAGGUGGUGCAGGAAGAACAAACGGACGAUGUACAUUGUGCUGUUCUGAAAUAAAGUUUUGGUAGAAACUGAACGAGACUGGUUUAAAAUGUAAACAAAUAUAAGUUUAAUACAAGAUAUAUACAGGAAUUCUAUUCAAGAGUCACUUCAGAAUGAGUUUCGGCGUGUGUCGACAUUAUUGCGUUUCGCGAAAGGGAGCAGACUUCGAUACCAGCCAGAUUUCGGCGCUAAGUUCAGAAUAUUGAGUUACCUCAGCAUACAGGCUAGACACGCCUCGUGGCUUCAAGAAUCAUUCAUGCACGUGCAGCUAACCCCGUGGACGUCUCGUGACACUCCCGGACCAUUCUU